AUGACGCGCAUCCAGUCCAAGUACAAGAGCAUCAAGAUUGAAGCCAGCUCCACGCGCAAGACCGGCACCACUACUUUCGUCAUCAAGGGCAACAACGAAAAGGAGGUCAAAGCGGCUCGCAAAGAGCUCACUGUAGGGCUCGCAAAGAACGUGAGUCAGAAUCCUUGGUCUGACCAGCAACGAUACCGGCAGGUUGAUCUUCAACGAUUCCCCUUCCUCCGCAGGUCUCUCUUACGGUACUGAUCCCGUCGUCUCUACGAGCUUUCGUCAUUGGCACCAAAGGCAAGAAUCUCAAGACAAUCACGGACUCCACUGGCGUGCGCAUCAAUAUUCCAAAAGCGGAGGAAGGUGAUGCUGGUGCUGCCGUUCAAGUCCCUGGUCCUGCCGCCAGCGGCGAGAUCGACUACGACGCAGAGCCACAAAUCACAGUGACGAUCGAUGGAGACGAGAUCAAUGCGCGCUCUGCGGUCAAGCAAAUCCAAGCGCUCGUCGCUGAACGCAUUAGCCGCACGACGCAGCGUCUCUCGAACAUCGAUCACAUCCUGUAUCCCUUCAUUGCAGGUGCUCGAAACGCCAACGCCCAGCGCCUCGAGAGCGAGAUAGGCCAGGGCGAUGUCAGCAUCCGCGUGCCUCCAAGGGCAGCUUUCCUGGCGCCCAAGGAUCGGGAAGAGGAGGAAGCGGAACAGGACGGAGGCAAGCUAGCUCGUGUGCGCGACCUCAACAUUGUCGUGACCGGCGACCGCGACCUUGUAGCUCGCGUCGUCGCAACAAUUGAAUCUCAAGUGGACGAGAUGAAGCGUUCAUUCCGAACUUUGCAAAUCAGCAUCCCCAAACGUCAGCACCGCUUGCUGGUCGGCGAUGCAGCACAAGAUAUUCUCGCUUCUACAGGCUGCAGUGUGGAGCUAGCGCCCAUCGAUGAUCCUUCAGACAGCGUCACUAUCCGCGGACCCCAGACGAAGCUGGCCCUCGCGCUGACGGCUGCGAUGGAAAAGGCCAACGCUGUUCGCGUCGAGGUAGUCGACCUCACCAGCUACCAUCGAGGGCAAUCAGGAAGCGGAGUCGAGCAUGCCAAGCUCAUCCUUCGUUGGCUGCAGACAAAGGGCAAGCUGCCUCGGACUGCUGGUGCGCAGGUGUAUACGCCUAGACCGGCCAUCAUCGAGAGCUCUGGCUCAGUGCAGCUCGAGAUCGUCGGCUCAGACGGCGAAGCUGUCAAUGCCGCAAGAGCAAGCAUCGACGAGAGUGCAAAGCUUCUCAGCCCCGCGUCCGUUCGAGCGAUCGAGAUUGACCCCCUCUUGCAUCGCUUCAUCAUCGGCAAGAACGGCAGUGGACUCGCCACGUAUUCAAAGAGGGGUGUCGAUGUGCUCUUCCCACCAGCGCCGACUGGUGAUCUAGCAGGCGAAGGGCGCUCAGAUGUCGCACUUGUCUUCCAUGGAUCCUCGGGCGCGACAGACAAGAAGGGCCGAGAUGCGGAAGUGAAGGCUUUGCUCGAUGUCGUCGAGCAGGAGCUCUCAAAAGCUGCCGGUCUUGCCGCGGAUCUUAAAUCCGAAGUCAUCACUGUCCCGCAGAAACAUCAUCGAUCGCUUGUGGGUCCCAACGGCACCACCUUGAACGCAAUCAUCGGCGAGGAACGACUCGUCACUGUGAAGCUAGGCCAGGCCUUGUCCGCUACUGGAGGUUUGACCCCCUCUGAAGACUCGAUCACAGUACGUGGGCCAACGAGCGAGGUGGCGCGCGUCGUAGCAGAGCUCAAACGCGUGGCCAAGGACGCCGUUGAAGACGCUAUUGUCAAUGGCCACGUGGAAGAAUUCAGCGUGGACGCCACGCACGUUCCUCAUCUGGUUGGCAAGGGAGGAGCGGCUGUGACCAAGCUGCGUGAAGAGCUGGGCGUGCGCGUAGAUUUCGAUGGCGCGGCCAAGGCAGAUGAUGCGGCUACUUCCAAGCGCCCUGUCAAAAACACCAAGGCAAAAGUCACCAUCACUGGUCGCAAGGAGAAUGUGCUAGAGGCAUUGAGGCGCCUCCAGGCGCAAGCUGCCCAACUUGCCGACGAGACAUUGCUGACUGUCAAGGCCCCCGCUUCCAUGCACGGUGCGAUCAUUGGUCAAGGCGGCAAGUAUGUCACCCGUCUGCAAGACACGUACGGUGUCAGAAUCAACUUCCCUACAGCAGGCGAUGCAAAUGCGAAGCCCGACGAGGUCACAAUUCGAGGAGGCAAGAAGGGUGCUGAGGCCGCUCGAAGCGAGCUAUUGGAAUUGAUAGAGUUCGAAAAGGAAAACAACCACUCGACAAACAUCACAGUCAGCACGAAGAGCAUAGCCCGCAUCAUGGGCAAAGGAGGUUCUACGGUAAACAGUGAGUGCUUCGUAGGUGGCCAGUCUCGGUCGUCAUCUCGGUCGCUAAUGUCGAUUCUACGUUGGUAGAGCUCCGUGACGACACUGGCGCUCAGAUCGAUGUGGAUCGCGCUGCCGAUGAUACCACCUCAGAUGGCACGACAUUGAUCAAGAUCAGAGGCACAAAAGAUGCCGUCGCAGCUGCCAAGGGUGUCAUCCUCUCGAUCGCCAAGGAAGUCGACGCUGAGCAGACCAUCCAGCUCGACAUUCCCGCGAAGCACCAUGGACUUUUGCUCGGUGCAGGCGGCCAAAAUCUGCGCGAUCUGAUAGCUCGCGCAGCUGGCGAAGCGGCGGCGGAUCCCCGCGCCAAUGCUUCCCUUGUCCAGUUCCCCAGGCGUGGAGACAAAGCGGCCGCAGCCGACAUCGUCACGAUCCGCGGACCUGGCGAUCUUGCGCGAAAAGUCGCCAAGGAGCUCGAGAAGGCUGCCGCUGAGCUCGGCUCGCGCGUAGUCUACGGCGUCGUCGUUGCUGCUGCCUCGCAGCGUUCCUUGCAAGGCGGCGUGCGCGAAGUUCAGCAGCUGCACAACGUUCGCCUUAUCCUCCCGUCCUAUCGCGAGUACGAGUCGAGCGAGGCGCCAAUUAACGAGUCUGAGCUGGCCACCGCUGCUCAAGGUACCGUCGUCAAGCUGCAAGGCAAAGAGGCUGACUGCAAAGCAGCUGCAAAAGACAUCUUGGAACGCUUUACGAGUCACACCAAGACUGUAGAGGUGCCGCGUAGUUUGAGCAGCAAGCUCUUCAUCCAAUUCUCGCGCUCCUUGCGCGAGGAAGGCGUCUCUGUCAACGCUCCCAAGAUUGCCUCCACUACUGCCAAUGGCGACGGCCCUACUCCACUCGAUGGCGCAGCACGCAUCGAUAUCGAUGAUGAUGUCGACAGCGGUCUCGACGAUCUAGGCUUCGAGCUGAGCGAGCUCAGCAUCGGCGAAGAAGAUUCGGCAGCCGUGAGCUGGACACUCUCGGCGCGAGAUGCAGCAUCCUUGGAGACCGCUGCGGAGCGCAUUCUCAAAGCUGUGUCUGGCACCAGCGCAGAGACGCAUGAAGGUCGCUUGACGGUCGACCAGUCUGUCGUGCCCCGAUUGAUCGGCAGACAAGGUAGCGCGCUGCGCGAGCAUGAGCAGGCGAGUGGUGCGAAAAUCAACAUUCCCAAGGGCUCCAAUGGUCUUGUCAUCAUUCGCGGAUCCAAGGAUCAGGUGCUCAGCGCCAAGGAUAGAAUCGCUCAUGUCGCCAAUUCCCCACGAGGUUAUAGAGGAGACUGA